AUGUCUGGUGUCAGCGAAGCGUUGAGUAAGUUGAGCUUCAACAGCAGCAGCAGCGGCAGCAGCAGCUCCAAUGAUGUCAGUCUAAGCGCCUCUUCCACAGACAACAGGGCCAGCGAAAUCCGCGAUGUUUGGGCCUACAACCUCGACGAAGAGUUCUACACCAUCAGGAGCCUUGUUCGAAGAUACAACUACAUCGCCAUGGAUACCGAGUUUCCUGGCGUCGUAACGCAGCCCGUUGGAACAUUCCGAAGCUCACCGAAUUACCAAUACCAAAUGAUGCGUUGCAAUGUGGACUUACUCAAGAUUAUCCAGCUGGGUAUCACCUUUUUCGAUGAGCAUGGCAACAAGCCCGAACACGUCUCUACCUGGCAGUUCAACUUCAAGUUUAGCUUGUCGAAAGACAGGUUCGCGCAAGACUCGAUCGACCUCCUGGUCAAGUCUGGUAUAAAGUUUCGCAGGCAUGAAGUGGAAGGCAUUGAGCCGUAUGAGUUUGCCCAGUUACUCAUGAGUUCAGGACUUGUUCUAUUAGACGAAGUUAAGUGGCUCACUUUUCACAGUGGCUACGACUUCGGCUACCUGUUGGAGAUGCUUACCGGUCAAAACCUGCCUGUGGCUGAGACAGAUUUCUUUGAGACGCUAAAACUUUAUUUUCCCUGCAUUUACGAUGUCAAGUACCUAAUGAAGAGUUGCGGAAGCCUCAGAGGAGGCCUGCAGGAAGUGGCUGGGCAGCUUCAGAUCGAAAGAGUCGGAUUACAACACCAAGCGGGAAGUGACAGCUUGCUUACCGGGGAGACUUUUUUCAAGAUCCGAAAAGUGUUUUUUCAAGACAAGCUGGACGACGCGAAGUUCUGUGGUUUCCUGUACGGUCUGGGCGCGUCUUACGGCACCUACGGUGACCAAACGUUCGAAGUUGACGCAAGCGCACACCAUAUUGCUCAGAUGCUAUCGAGGUCCCCCCUGGUCGUCUAUUCGAAACCGGGUCCAAAAACGUCGUGA